AAAAACGCGUUCUAAUGGCCGGUAUUCAGUUCUUGCAGGGCUUCCCUCGUUGACCUUGUCUGCAACCCUGGGUAACUCCUGGAAAUUUGCACAUUACGCAUUCGUUUUGAAGGUGGCAACCCUCCUGCGGUGACAAUUAAUUUCGUACAGCUCAUUAGGCGUUGGAAAACUUUCGCCAAGGGUGGCUUUGUAUUCUGGAUUUUAAACCUGUCAUUCCAGCGAAAAGUGGUGUAUAAAAGCUAAUUUCUUGGGUCCCUUCUGUUUUGAUAUAUUCUAUUAGCACGUUGCUAAAAUAUGAAAAAAGUUAAGAAGUCCAUUAAGCGGGAAAGUCCCAGCGAUGAGGAGUACACUUUGGAGGAGGACCCAAUCGAAUUCGAGUUGGAAAAGAUGGAGAGGGGCAGUUCCAAUGGGGAAAGCGACGAAGAAGGUCAGCGGGAUCAAAAGCAAGUGGACUCCAACAUCGACGAGAUGGACGAGCAAAACGACGAGGAACAGGAGGCAGCCAGGAAACAGGAUGCGGAAAGGCAGAACGACUUGCGCAAGAUGUAUGAACUUAGUCUCCUCCCGCCGGCGGCCAUAGCAGCCCAGAUCCAGCAACUGGAGAAGGAGAUCUACGAGCUGAGCCAAUGGGAAGCCAGGGAGCUCAUCCGGAGCAAACACCUGCGCAUCUUUGGCAACUGCCGUCGUCGCGCCAACAAGUGAAGAAGUGACAAAUCUGCUUACAGAACACUGUAUACUGUUGAUGACUUUGAUGGUAUCAAAUAAAGGGUCGUCAACGAAAGUGA